AGAAGAAAGAGAUAAGAGGGCCCAUGGAGAAUGUGGUCUAGAGUCUAGAGUCUAGAGUCUAGAGAGUUAGUUAGUGACAAAGUGUUUGUCUGGUCGAGGGCUAACGCACUGAACCGGUAACAACGAACCACGUUAAAUAAAAGAAAAAACCUGCUCUCCUCUCCCCGGUUCAUCUUCUUCUACCUCAAUAAUAAUUAAUAAUUUAUAAUAAUAACAAUAUUAAUUCUCAAAUUCUCUCUCAUCCUUCUGUCUGUGUUCACCACACGUCUCUUCUCACUUCUCCCGAGGCUCUCAAAUUUUCCUGUUUCGAAGAGGAAACAAUGGAUUUUUUCUUCAAGGGAAUAAAGGAGGACACAUCUGAUUGCCAAUUUGAUGAGAAGAUCAUCCAGAGAUGCCCAUUUUUGAGGAACAUCUGCAAACCAACUAACUUUUCAUUCUCUUCACUAAAUUUCCCAAGUUCUGUGAGGGAAGCCACCAAGGGUCCAAUAUUUGAAGAUGGUCCAAGUUUUGAUACAGCAUUUAAGCUAUUUCACGCAAAAGAUGGGGUUGUUCCACUAUCAAACAAGUCUACUUUUCACAAUGACAUUUCAGAAACUGACUCUACACCCCAAUUCAACCCCUUAGCAGCAAGAGCUGCUACUAUUAGCCUGUCUGCAUUUGGUCCUGGUGGACCAUUUGGCUUUGGUUCCUUCAACAAUAAGUGGAAGAAUCAGAAGAAAUCUGAUUCAACCGACAAGGGUGAACAAUCAUCUCAGAAAGGAAAUACGUCAAAACACGAGGCACUGGGAAAUGAGUGGUUAGAAACUGGCAACUGCCCUAUUGCGAAGUCUUAUAGAGCUGUGAGUGGUAUACUGCCACUUGUGGCAUCAACUCUUCGGCCACCACCUGGUGUGAAGCUUAGAUGUCCACCUGCUGUAGUUGCUGCAAGGGCGGCCCUAGCCCGGACUGCCUUGGUUAAAAACUUGAGACCUCAGCCACUGCCUGCAAAGAUGCUUGUCAUUGCGCUCUUGGGCAUGGCAGUAAAUGUGCCCUUGGGUGUCUGGAAGGAACAUACUAAGAAGUUUUCUCUAUCAUGGUUUGCAGCGGUGCAUGCAGCUGUGCCUUUCAUAGCAAUGCUUAGGAAGUCGGUUUUGAUGCCUAAAACUGCUAUGGCACUGACUAUUGGAGCUUCUAUACUGGGACAGAUAAUUGGCUCUAGAGCUGAGAGACACCGCCUGAAAGUGUUAGCUGAGAGGGAAAGCGUAGCAGCACGGACAGCAAUUGCAGCGGCAGUUGCAGGAUAUAGUUCAACCCAGUUUGAUGGCACUACAGGCGGUCACUGUGGUGUGGAGGGAAUGGAGGGAAAGGCAUGGGAUCCGCUCUGUAUCAAGUCUUCAGGACCCCCCACUUCCACACCAACUAAUGUCUGUUGCUGAAAUGUUGAGCUGCAACUAGUAAGAAUGAAAUAAAACUACUGCAUUAGUAAGAAUGAAAUAAAACUACUGCAUUAAGUAUUGGUAGCCAGUGAUGGUAAAAGCUUUGGAUAUUAAUAUUAGCAGUGCAACCUUCAUAAGAAAACACCAAGACCUGCUUAUUAUAGCAUGUGUAUUCUAUUCAAUAAUAUUAAUGAUCAUGUUGCAGUAAUCAUGCAGAACGCAUUGCUCUCUUGAAAAUAAAAACGUUGGUGUUCCCAGUUC